AUGCUGAGCCACGCUGUGGUCCGAGGCGGCCUCGGCCUGCUGGCCGUGAAGCGGGCGUGCGUCCUCUCUCGCCUCGCUCACACCUCCCGGCAGAGCGAGUAUCGACCAAUCAAGAAAGUCAUGGUGGCCAACAGAGGUGAGAUCGCCAUCCGAGUGUUCAGAGCCUGCACCGAGCUGGGCAUUCGAACCGUGGCCGUCUACUCCGAGCAGGACACUGGACAGAUGCACAGGCAGAAGGCAGACGAGGCUUACCUGAUAGGAAAAGGCCUGCCACCUGUUGCAGCAUACCUAGACAUUCCUGACAUCAUCAAAGUGGCCAAGGAAAACGCCGUGGAUGCGAUCCACCCAGGCUACGGUUUCCUCUCCGAGCGCUCCGACUUCGCUCAGGCCUGUGCGGACGCAGGGGUCAUGUUCAUCGGGCCGUCCCCGGAGACGGUGCGCAAGAUGGGGGACAAGGUGGAGGCUCGCUCCCUGGCCAUCUCUGCAGGUGUACCUGUGGUCCCAGGGACAGACGCCCCUAUCGCCAGCCUGCAGGAGGCGCAGGCCUUCGCCCAGACAUACGGCUUCCCCAUCAUCUUCAAAGCAGCGUACGGAGGAGGUGGUCGCGGCAUGAGGGUGGUCAGAGAGUACGAGGAGCUGGAGGAGAAUUACCAGCGGGCCUACUCUGAAGCCCUGACGGCUUUUGGGAACGGAUCCCUGUUUGUUGAGAAGUUCAUUGAAAAGCCGCGACACAUUGAAGUACAGAUCCUGGGCGAUAAAUAUGGUAAUGUCAUCCACCUCUACGAGAGAGACUGCUCCAUUCAGCGCAGACACCAAAAGGUUGUGGAAAUCGCACCGGCUUUCCAGCUGGACCCCCAUCUGAGAGACCGACUUCACGCUGAUGCUGUGAACCUCGCCAAACAGGUGGGCUACGAGAACGCCGGCACUGUGGAGUUCCUGGUGGACAAACACGGCAAGCACUACUUCAUCGAAGUCAACUCUCGACUCCAGGUUGAACACACGGUCACCGAAGAAAUCACAGAUGUGGACCUGGUGCACGCCCAGCUGCACGUGUGUGAGGGCCGCAGCCUGCCGGACCUCAACCUCAAACAGGACAAGAUCCGGGUGAACGGCUGCGCCAUCCAGUGCAGGGUGACGACCGAGGACCCAGCCAGGGGCUUCCAGCCAGACACCGGCAGGAUUGAGGUCUUCCGAAGCGGUGAAGGUAUGGGCAUCCGUCUGGACAGCGCCUCCGCCUUCCAGGGCGCUAUCAUUUCACCUCACUACGACUCCCUGCUGGUCAAAGUCAUCGCCAGCGGGAAGGACCUGCAUACAGCGUCCUCCAAGAUGAGCCGAGCGCUGGCCGAGUUCAGAGUGCGAGGGGUCAAGACCAACAUCCCGUUCCUCCAGAACGUUCUGUCCAACCACCAGUUCCUCCACUCCACCGUGGACACCCAGUUCAUCGACGAGAACCAGGAGCUCUUCAACCUCAAACCCACCCAGAACAGAGCCCAGAAGCUCCUGCACUACCUGGGUCAUGUGAUGGUAAAUGGACCAACCACCCCCAUCCCAGUCAAGGCUAAGCCCUCCUCCACUGACCCCGUCAUCCCUCCCGUCACUAUGGGCGACCCUCCCGUUGGUUUCCGUGACGUGCUGCUGCGUGACGGCCCUGAAGGAUUCGCUAAGGCCGUCCGUGCCCACCAAGGUCUGCUGCUGAUGGACACCACCUUCAGGGACGCCCACCAGUCGCUCCUGGCCACCAGGGUUCGGACCCACGACCUGAAGAAGAUCUCGCCGUUCGUCAGCCACAGCUUCAGCAACCUUUUCAGCCUGGAGAACUGGGGAGGUGCUACCUUUGAUGUGGCCAUGCGCUUCCUGUCUGAGUGUCCAUGGAAGAGGCUCCAGGAGCUGAGAGCUUUGAUCCCAAACGUUCCUUUCCAGAUGCUGCUGAGAGGCGCCAACGCCGUGGGCUACACCAACUACCCUGACAAUGCUGUCUUUAAGUUCUGCGAGGUGGCCAAGGAGAACGGCAUGGACAUCUUCCGCGUGUUCGAUUCCCUGAACUACCUGCCGAACAUGCUGCUGGGCAUGGAGGCAGCUGGAGCGGCGGGCGGCGUGGUGGAGGCGGCCAUCUCGUACACGGGCGACGUCUCUGACCCGAUGAGGCAGAAGUACUCCCUGGACUACUACCUGAAACUUGCAGAUGAGCUGGUCAAAGCUGGGACGCACAUCCUGUGCAUCAAGGACAUGGCCGGCCUGCUGAAGCCAGAGAGCAGCAGGCUUCUGAUCGGCGCUCUGAGAGACCGUUUCCCAGACGUACCCAUCCACGUGCACACGCACGACACGGCCGGCGCUGGUGUGGCCGCCAUGCUGGCCUGCGCCGAGGCUGGAGCUGACGUGGUGGAUGUGGCCGUGGACUCCAUGGCUGGAAUGACCUCUCAGCCCAGCAUGGGAGCCAUGGUGGCCUGCGCCAAGGGGACCAAGCUGGACACCGGCAUCGCCCUGGAGAAGGUGUUUGAUUACAGUGAAUAUUGGGAGGUAGCCCGAGGCCUGUACGCGCCGUUCGACUGCACUGCCACCAUGAAAUCUGGCAACGCCGACGUCUAUGAGAACGAGAUCCCCGGGGGGCAGUACACCAACCUUCACUUCCAGGCUCACAGUAUGGGACUCGGGAAUAAGUUCAAGGAGGUGAAGAAGGCCUACACUGAAGCCAACAAACUGCUGGGAGACCUCAUUAAGGUGACUCCGUCCUCUAAGAUCGUGGGUGACCUGGCGCAGUUCAUGGUGCAGAACAACCUGACCAGGGCAGAAGUGGAGGAGAGGGCAGAUGAGCUGUCCUUCCCCCUCUCAGUGGUCGAGUUCCUGCAGGGAUACAUCGGGAUUCCACACGGAGGAUUCCCCGAGCCCUUCAGAUCGAAGGUGCUGAAGUCCCUUCCUCGUAUCGAGGGUCGUCCCGGCGCCUCGCUGCCAUCCAUGGACUUCAAGGCCCUGGAGGAGGGGCUCCGAGCUGCACACAGUGAUGACAUCACCCCCGAGGAUGUGAUGUCAGCAGCCAUGUACCCCAAGGUGUUCCAGGAGUUCAAGGAGUUCACCUCUAACUUUGGUCCAGUGGACUGUCUCAGCACCAGGCUGUUCUUGGACGGACCCAAGAUUGCCGAGGAGUUUGAGGUGGAGCUGGAGAGGGGGAAGACCCUCCACAUCAAGGCACUGGCGCUGGGUGACCUGAACAAGGCCGGCCAGAGAGAGGUCUUCUUUGAGCUGAACGGACAGCUGAGAUCUGUGCUGGUCAAAGACACUGUUGCCAUGAAGGAAAUGAAGUUCCAUCCAAAGGCGCAGAAGUCCAUUAAGGGUCAGGUGGGAGCACCGAUGCCUGGAAAAGUCCUGGAGGUCAAAGUGGAGGUCGGAUCCAAGGUGGAGAAGGGUCAGCCGCUGUGCGUCCUCUCGGCCAUGAAGAUGGAGACCGUGGUCAACUCCCCGAUGGCCGGGACCGUUAAGGCGGUCCAUGUCACGGCCGAUGCCUCCCUGGAGGGAGAUGACCUGAUACUGGAAAUCGAGGAGUAGCGUGCGAGGGCAGAGGGAGGGAGGGAGGGAGGGAGGGAGGGAGGCGAGCGUAGCAGCAAUAGUAGGCGGGAGUUAGACAAUCUGAUUCUGGAAAUGGUGAAGUAGAGGAAACACAGCAGUGGCAGCACUGCAAUAUAUUCUGGCCCCCAAUCUGUACAUAUUCUGUUUGGUUACACAUAUCCACACCUGAUGGGUGGUAAGACUAGAUAAUGAUGAUCCUAAAUAAUAUAUUAAAUUGAUAAGAAUUCCUUCUAGAAAUGUACCACUGAUGAAUCUCAUCUGUUCCCUUGCAGUGGUGAUUAGGUCAGAAAGACUCAGUGUAUCUCAGUACAUCUAUUAAAUGUCCAGUCAACUUGUGGAAAAUGACAUUUUAGAGUGACACAACUUUGAAUUGUGAAACAUUCCAUCUCUUCAGCUAGUCUUAACGUGACGUGCUACAGAAUGAACUAACCAUGUGUGACACUAACAGGCUCGUAACAUCUACUUGUAAAUUAACGCAGCAGUUUCCAUUUCUAUGCUCUUGAUGUUGCCUAAUAUAUUCAAAGUGAGUAGCUGAGACUUAAUAUUGAUGACUACUAAAUGUUUUUCUAUGUAAUCAGCAGGGUACAGACAAAGAAGGAGAGACUCUGAGGAAGCAUUACCGAAUCGUUUUUUUCAUAUAGAAACAGCAUUUUCAUCUUUACAGCAUGCUCACCUUGUGUAUUUUUAAUCUCACAUUAGUCACAGCGCGCACUCAGGAUGUGCAAUCAUUUUUUGGUAAAGUAAAAAAAAACACUACAAUAUUUUUGUUCAACCAGUUUUAGAUAAGAAUGUUUUCACAGUUGUAAGCACAAAAAAAGCAAGUGGCACAAUUUUAGGUUGGCGGGACACAAGUACACAUGCCAGAAAUGUGUCCUGUUACUGUAUCAGUAAUAGGAGUUUGGGUUUUUUGGAAAGGUCUGCACUGAUGUUGGAAAUGUUCACCCAUUCACACCUGUCUUUAAAAUCCCAAAGCAGAAGCACUGACAUGAAGCGGUCAGCCAUGUUGUAAACACCUGAUCAGCUGCAGGGGGGGCCACUGACACUAAUUUGGCUCCGUCUCCUGUGUCGUUUCAGAGGCGUGAAGUCGGUCUUUAAGGCCUUUUUCGUGUCCCUGGGUUAACGCUGGAGGAGUCAGAGGAGCAGUUCCACCCUGUCUCCUCAGAACCAGGCAGACAUUAUGAUGAAUGGUCUUCUGUCUGCAUGGGGAUUUUAAUGCUAGGUGUAAAUGGGAUUACAUGGUGGUGUAAUGGGAGGCAUGUGGUGUUAUUUUCUGAGGCUCAGCUGAUUAAUUUAUGAAUUAAUUCUCUGUCAAAUGAUGUGAAAUUAGCCGGUCUAAUAAGAGACUCUAGAGACUCCCAGUAGCAGGCUCGGCUUUAUAUUCCAAGCGUGCAUGUGUGUGUGUGUGUUUGCAUAAAUGAGCCUAACUGUGUGGAUGUGUAUGUGCCAGCAAAUCUUAAGACUAAAGUCAACCAGUCUCCAUAAUGCUGCACCUCCAGAGCUAAAAACACAGUCUAAAAGAAAUGAAAUAUUCAUACGCACGCGCGUCGAUGCAGAAUAUUCACGCUUACACUCCCGGCCCUCGAGUGCUGCCCCGAUCACAAGAAAACAAAACCAGAUACACUGCACGCUGCUGUGGCGACAUCCACAUAGUAAUACUGUAUCCAAAACAAUUAACAGCAGUGCAGCAACGACCUCACUCACUUUCUAAUCAUGUAGUGAAACACGGAAUUAAACUCUCAAGAUUCCACUUUGUCAGCUGCAUGCCUUUGAAUUAUUUAAAGGAAACGUACGCUGAAUUGAAUGUUUCGGCUCUCUGACCGCUGAAAGUAGACGGCGAACAAGCAGGAAACAAAUUAGCUUGCAUAUCAAUUACUGUAGGAACAGGAAGUGUCACAUUCUCCUCGCAAUACAAUGAGGCAUGCAGUGUUCAGGACAGCGAGCCCGAAAAGAGACAACAACAAGUCACUUUCCCAAAAGCUCUGUGCACGUUUGACAGAAUCCAUCGAUCCAAACACAAAAUUAAAGUAUCGUUUGGUACUUGACUGGAUUGUUUCCAGCGUUUUUGCUCCAUUACCUCUGAGAAUCAGCCUCCUUUUGAACCAUGCGUCGGUACUGAGCAGCUUAAUUAGGAUGCUGCUGUGCCCACUGCCAUGCCUCGCUGUGUCUCCUUACUUUGUCGAUCUGUUGAAAGACAUGGAGAUGAAUGAGUGUUUUUGAUAAGCCCAUGCACAAUACAUGUACAGUCCAUCCUCCUCUCCUUAUUAGCUUUCCCGGCCUCGUCUAUCCAUCUAACCUGCCAUCUUUUCAUCAUGUUAUCCUCUCCCUUCUCUCAACCGUAGAAAUUUGCACAUGUAAGGUGAUGGCAUCGACUCAUGCAAUAAUGUAGAACUGUACCGUAGUGUUUCUCUGUGUAUUAGCCAGCAGUGAUUAUAUCAGCCACGCUUUUUGACAAUGUGCUGCUGUUCAGCGUCUGAAGCAGAAUAAACCUUGAGAAAAUGUACACAGCUGAAAACAGUUAUUUGUUCCAGAGGGGGAUAUAUAACGUUGACCUAUUCUUGAGCUCAUGCUAUCAAGAGGUGAACUGUUGCAGAAUGUAUGAAAAUAGGAUCUGUGACAUUUAUUUUCUUUUACCAUUUUCCUUUGUGUGCUCGUAUGAAUCAGGCUGUUUAUUCACCCUCCUAGUUUAGCAGAUGCAAAAACUGCCUGCAGCUUCAAAAUGUGUCUGUGGAAUCUGCAUCAAAAGGGUUUGCCAUUUGUCCAGUUUUGUUUCAUUUUCUUAUUUCUGAAUAAUCCAGCUAUGAAUUAAAAAGCAUUUAGUUCAAUCAUUUUGAUUCAUUUAAGUAGUUUACAUUUACUUGUUUAAGUCCUAGGAAAGAGUGAGCUGGAGCGCACAAAAAGGGAAACAAAUAGCAUCAAAUGAAAGUGAUAAUUGUCCUUGUUCUAUCUGUGCUGACAAAUAAAUAAAGAUAACUAUAACUGGA